GUGUGUCGGCUAAUAAAGCGUCACCUGACCCUGACCUAACACUGACUGCACUGAGGGAAGAGAGGACAGAACCGCAGACAGAUAGACACUCUAAAUAAAUAAAUACACGAACGAGUGAAUUAAAUACACAAUUAUUUCCAACAUCUCCAUCUUCAUAGAGUAGCCUAUUCCGCGUCCUUGGAUUGGUGCGCCGGUCAGUGUUGGCUACUGCCACAGGGGGAAGAGGCGCAACUGCUGUAGACAAAGAGGCGCGUUGCCCUUCUCUAUCAGACAUUCCUGAUCAGAAAAAAAGAUCCGGUAGGAAUAUUUUAACCCACGAGCCGACAAGGACACUGUGCGUCAUUACUACAAAACGGUUAUUUUGAAAGCUCUACAUUCUACCCGUGCAUUUACCUCCUCCGGUUUACCGUUUUGCGUGGGGAGUGGAAACACUUGACCGUCAAUUCGAUGUUCCUGCAAAACGGAUAAGAGAAUAUUCUGUGGAUUUCUGAUGAAGUUUGGACAUUUGGCCAAAUCCAUUCAUUCCGAGGACAAGAAGCGCUGCGCGGUCGCAACCUUUUCGAUCUCCUGGUUGAUUCUUUGUUAGGCCUAUUGCUUUAUUGCUGUGGUGCGAGGAAAUAUAUUCUAUUGCCAGCGUAGUGUUACGUAAGAGUGGCGUUAUCCAAGGUGCUGAACUGGACGUUAUAACGGGACACAAGGCAAGGGAAGAGAGCAAUCUUGCAAGGUCACAGGCCUAUCCGUGAGGGAUUUGGAGAGGACCGCACUGCACUGGCAUCGUUGAUACCCGUAUUCCUGUAGGAAGACCGCCUUUUCAUAUUCUUUUUUCUCAUUAGUGAAAUAAGUUCUUGAGGUGGUCGACUACACGGGGAGAAAAUGUCGGGGCAGACGCUCACGGAUCGUAUUGCCGCUGCGCAGUACCAGUUGACGGGAUCAGAGGUAUCUCGCGCCGUCUGCAAAGCCACCACUCAUGAGGUGAUGGCGCCCAAGAAAAAGCACCUGGAAUAUCUGAUCUCGGCCACCAAUGCGACCAAUGUGAACAUCCCUCAGAUGGCUGACACUCUGUUUGAGAGGGCCACCAACGCCAGCUGGAUUGUCGUCUUCAAGGCCCUCGUCACCACACACCAUAUGUGUGUCCAUGGCAAUGAGAGGUUCAUCCAGUACUUGGCCUCCAGGACCGCUCUGUUCAACCUCAGCAACUUUAUAGACAAAACAGGUUCCAACGGCUAUGACAUGUCUACGUUCAUCAGACGUUAUGGCCGCUACCUCAAUGAGAGGGCCUUCGCCUACCGCCAGAUGGCUUUCGACUUCACCAAAGUCAAAAAGGGUGCUGAGGGGGUGAUGAGGACAAUGACUCCAGAAAAGCUGUUGAAAGGCAUGCCUGUCCUGCAGACCCAGAUCGACACACUGCUGGAGUUUGAUGUCCAUCCCAAGGAGCUGAAUAACCCUAUCAUCAACGCAGGGUUCCUGCUGCUCUUCAAGGAUCUGGUCAAGCUGUUUGCCUCCUAUAACGAUGGGGUCAUCAAUCUAUUAGAGAAAUACUUUAAGAUGAAGAAGAGCGACUGCAAGGAGGCCUUGGAGAUCUAUAAGAGGUUCCUGACCAGGGUCACCAAGAUCGGAGAGUUCAUGAAGCUUGCUGAGACUGUCGGAGUGGACAAAAAUGAUAUUCCUGACAUCAACUAUGCUCCCAGCAGCAUCCUGGAGUCUCUGGAGACACACAUGAACAGUUUGGAGGGGAAGAAGGGUGAAGGGUCUCCAACAAAGGGGUCCCCUACCAAUAACGUGUCCCCGACCUCCACCCCCGCCAAAUCUGCAGCCGCCGUGCCCACCCUAGCGCCGCCACCUGAAGAAGCCACCGAUUCUCUCUUAGAUCUGGACCCUCUCUCCUCCUCUGGUCCGUCAGUAGGAGCCUCAGCAGCCCCUACGUCCUGGGGAGACCUCCUUGGGUCAGAAAUGGGCGAGUCCAUGCUUCCUGACCCCACCUUAGCUGUAGAACCCGUCCCCUCUCCCGCUGGUGUAACGUCCACCCCUGCAGCUGCGGAGCCAGGAGUCUCUCUGGCUCCUCCCCCUAAUGCGGCCGCUGCCCCCACCCCCGGCGCGACGAAUAUGGAUCUGCUGGGAGAUGCAUUUUCGACCCCUGUUCUCACCUCUGAUGCCACUGCUGAGGGCGGAGCUCCGGCCUCCACGCCAACCCCAGCCGCCGAAGCUGCUGCCGACCCCUUUGCCCCCUCUGGUGGUAGCUCAGAAGCAGUAGGCCCAGGGCUGGACCUGUUUGCUAUGAUGCCUAUGGAGAACAACUGCUUUAACUCAGGGGUGCCCCCUUCUGCCCCCUCAUCCACCAUCACAGCACCUAUCACCCCCACCACCCCAUCGAUAGACCUCUUGAGUGCUAUGUUUGAUUCCAUGCCAGAUCCAAGCGUCACCAAAGCAGACCUUGCCCCCAGUGUUGACAUGUUUGGAGCAGAUGCCUUCUCCUCCCCUGCCCUCCUCUCCUCUGCUCCCCCAAUGGACAAGGGGGUGAUCAUGGACCUGUUUGGGGACUCCACUGGUGGAGAGACCAAGCCUGCUGCCCCUGUAUCUGCCUCUGGUGCUGAGCUGAUGGCAGCGUUUGAUGGUCUAGGGGAUGUGUUGAUGCCUUCUAUGACACCCCAGGCCGGGGCAGCCUCGUCUCCAGUCAAACCUAUGGGAGGAGACCUGGACGCCACCAUGGCUAGCAUGGCUAGCAAUCUGGGAAUGGGGAGCCAAAAACCGGGGGAGAACACGAUGGGAGGCUGGUCAACUCCUCAGGUAGCUCCUCCCAGUUGGGGCGCUCCCAUGAACGUUCCAAUGGGGUCCCCUUCUUUUAUGGGGUCUAACCAAGGAUUCAGCAUGGGCGGAGCGGUCGGGGCUGGAGCUCCCAUGAUGCCCAUGGUUAGGCCAGGCUUUGGAGCCCCUGCAACCCCAGGAGCACCGAUGGGAUCUCCAGGGAUGGCCGGGAGUCCGAGGAGGCCUCCGCCCCCCAAGAAUGCCCUGGAUGACCUCAACAUCAAGGACUUCAUGUAAACCCCUCUAACCCUCCAAGAGGUUGUCGUUGUGUCUGGAGCUCUAUGGAUGUGGAUGUGUGCACUCCCCGCCUUCCUGUCACGCCCAAGUCCCUUCAGCCAAUCAGCCAUCAGCAUUACGACCCCUGCCCUCUGACUUCCCCGUAACCCCGCCCUCCCUCUCUGUCUGAUGUUUUAGCACAAACCGUGGAUGUGAAUCAUAAAUAGAGAAAACAAAAAUGUGUAUGUGUGUGAGUGUACUUCAAUGUUAUCCUUUACUUAAAUUAAGACAAAAAAUGUAACAUAAAAAAUUAUAUUGUAUUUUGAAUCAUUCUGGUACUCCCUGAAAGAGCUGAGUUGGAAUGUGUUGUUAACCAUGGACUGUGUUCGGUGUGUGUAAACCUCACUGGCCAAUCCCUGCCCUAUCCCCUCCCUUGCUGUCCAAUCAAAUUCUGUACUGAGCUGUGUUGCUGAGGUUAUUCAACACUUUGUUGUACUUCUCUCCAUUCAUUGAUCCAUCCAGCCUCUUAUACAGUUCUAUGGGUGUAUAUUGAUGAAAAUUGAAAUAUGUUUCAUCACAAAUCUGGGUUUACGAGAUGACGAAUCAUAUGACAACUUCCAUUUUCCAUUCAAUUCAUAUUUGUUUUAUUUUGUUCGUUUUUUAAAAUUGUGUGUUACAUGCAACAUUUGUUGACUAUGUUCAAAUUGACAUAUGCUUUUUUGAAUAUUUUAAAUGAUAGAUUAUACAUAUAUUUCUUUAGUCUUUAUUUUGAGAGAAAAUGUAUCGUAUAUUUUAAUUAUGUCUAUGAAUUGUAAGAUUGAAAAAAAUGUAAGAAGAUUCAAAAAAGAUCCUUUCCCUUGUACAGUAUCUCCCUAUCUGUAUUUGAAGGCAGUAUUGAAUGCAAACUCAGUCCCAGUGUUUACUGUUGCACUCCCUGUUGGUGUGAAGUGGUACUGCAUUUAAGCAUGUCAAGUGAAGUUGAUCAUCCAAAUACUUUUAAAAAUCAAAAUAUACUUGUCUCCUUUCCUUAACGGCCAAUUAUCUGAAUUGAAUCGAUAGAUGAAAGGCAGUUGGUGAAAAUAAUGCAGUCCUUACACCUAUCAGUGGUCAUGGAGUGAAUGAGACAAGGAAAUGUUUGCAAACAUUAUUGGGACACUUCCACAAGGUCAUUGUGAUGCAGUGAUCAGUACGGUUGUAUCGUCCCCUGUAGCAACACUCCAGGGGUGUUGCGAACUAAUUGGCUGUAAAGUAUUCAUAUAUACACUGGAUGUUCCAUGUGUCGUUUCUCUUCCAAAGUGACUAUCUUAAUGUGUUGAGAAAGAAAAAGAUACAGAACAUGUAUCAUAUACAAUAAUGUGGAUAACAAUGUUUGCUAUAUAUUUGGUUGAAGGCAGUGUUGUUUGGUUCUUGGAUGGCAUCACUCCUCUCCUCUCCCCCACUUGCAUGUGAGUCCCAUUGAGAUCCAAUAAAAUUCAAAUACACUGA